AUGAGCACAAGUACGGCGCCAUCGUCUGCAUCGUCCGAUGCGGAUUCACUGAAUCAUGACGACAAUCCAAUCAAAGCUGUCAUUUUUGAUUAUGGAGAAGUGAUGUGGAUGCAAUCGAGAAAUGUUCACGUUUAUAGAAAAAUCGAAGAAGACAAUAAAUUAUUUGACAACUCCCUGAUUCCUACGUUAGUCAGCAAAGAGCUUUCAUCUAUUCUGCCGAAAGGAUUCCAAGAAGAUCUGCUAACUGGAAUCUACACUGCAAAAGAUUUCGACCGACUGUUUUUGUCAGCUUACAAUAGAAAAUUCGGCUCACAAGUGGAAUCUCUCAAGUUCUUUUCCGCGACGGAAUACGAUAAUGAAGCAGUUUAUGAAGAAGCAGUUCUGACAGCUUGUCGGAAACUUCGUGAGAGAGGAAUCAAGACAAUUCUGAUGUUGGAUACCUAUCACGUGGAUGAGAAGAGAAAUGGAAGGAGAAUUCCAAACAUGGAGAAAUACUUUGAUUUUGUUCUUGAAUCAUGUAAGGAAGGUGUGAAGAAGCCGGAUCCAAGAUUCUAUCAAGUCGCGUUGGAUUGUGCAGAUUUACAGCCAGAGGAAGUGAUUUAUGUGGAUGAUUCGAAAAUCAAUUGCGAGAGUGCAGCAGUGCUCGGGAUUCGAUACAUUCAAGUGUUCAAUAGUAUGGAUAUGCUCGAAGAUCUUCAAGAAAUUCUGGGAUUCGAUUUAGAUUAG